GCGCAGGCGUCCUGCGCGCCUCUAUUGUCUCUCCUCCGGCAGCCGUCAGGAGGGCUGGCUAGCCGGACGGACGGAGGAACAGGCGGGAGGGAGCCCGCCAGCGAGGACACCCCCGCCCCCGACGGAAAGUGGCGCCUGGCCGAGGAGCGACGGGGACGCCGGCAAGGCCGCGCCGAGGCAGCCCUCGGGCGGGCAGGGCGGCAAGGAGAGCCAAGGGAGGGCCUGCGCUCGCUCGCUCCAUGGCUGGCCGGGGCGCGCCUUGACGGAGCCCGCAGCAGCUGGGGCUGCUGUUCCUCCUGCGAGAGGCCGGCCUCGCCUUCCCCGCGCUUCGCCUGGAUGCGGAGCGGCAGCGCCAGAGGACCCGCGCACAGAGGCCGGGGCCCCAGCGGCGGCGUCUUUCUUCCGUAGGGCGGGCCCCGGAGGCGGGGCAGCGCUGGCCCUGCUGCCUUGUCGCCGUGGAUGAGCCCGGGAGGAGCAGCGGGCCGCCCGGUGGGGCGCGGCGUCGGACGGCGGCUGGGGCUGUUGCUGCUUGCGCUCGGAGCGAAGGAGGAGCGGCGGCGGCCGGAGCGGCGACGACGGCCGGGAGAGGAUGCCCGGCUCCGGGGGCCGCUUUAGCUCCUAGUCCCCGGCGCGGGUGCCCCUGCUCGACCUCCCCGUCCACGGCGCUGCCGCCGCCGCCGCCAGCGGCAUGGGCGGCAAGCAGAGCACGGCGGGCGCAACGGCCACGGGGCGCUCCCGGGGCGGGCCCUUGGCCGGCGUGUCGAGCGACGACAGCGCGGUGCCGCCGCCCGGGGAGCCCCCACUUCGGGCACUACUGGGGCGCGGGCGGCGGCGGAGGGCCCGCCAUGGGCUUGCGCAGCCGCUCCGUCAGCUCCGUGGCCGGCGUGGGCGUAGGGCUGGGCAUGGAGCCCGCCGCCGCCGGCAGCGUCCCCUUCGGCCUCUACACGGCGGCGGCUGCAGCGGGGGCCACCACCACAACGGCAGCCGCGGCGGGAGCAGACUCGGAGCGGGGUCCCGGCGGUGGGUCGGGCGCGGACUCUACCCCUUACGCCCAUGGCAACGGUUUCCAGGAGACGGGAGGCGGUCACCACAGAGACGGGAUGCUCUACCUGGGGUCCAGGGCCUCGCUGGCUGAUGCGCUGCCUCUGCACAUCGGACCCCGGUGGUUCAGCUCGCACAGCGGUGAGUGUGCUCGUUUCCGCGGCCUUGUUUCCGGGCCUCCUUUCAGACAGUCAUGGGGAACCGAGAAAACGAGAAGGGGAAACUGUGCAAGAAAUACAAUCCUGCAACAUAUCUAUAGCAUCAUUUAUUUAUUUUUUGAGGGGGACCCACAUGCAUCCUUCUUCCCUCUUGCCCCAAACACAAGGCCAGGGUCCUAUUAGGUAGGCAGCAAAGAUGCAGGCUUAUCUGUGGUGAACUUGUCUUGCGCUUGGAGGUUCUGGGGGUUAAGUUUGCUGACACUUGAAGCCCUUGACUGGAGAUUCAGAGUCCUUUGUUUUAAAGAAGGUGAGGGUGGCUGUUGUCCUUGCUUGGUGGUGGUGAGGAAAAGGUUUACUGUGAGCAUGUUUAGAAGCAUUCCUGUGCUCAAGGCCUGGCAAGUAGGUUUCAUUUGUUUAUAUAAUUUAUGAAAGUACUUAUAAAUGGUAUGUAGAAUAUCAAUGCAGCAUACAACCACAUUUACAAGUCCCAAAAAGCAUUAAAUACAAUAUACAAUCAUAGAAUGGUAAGGGAUCCAAAGGGUCAUCCAGUCCAAUCUCCUGCAAUGCAGGAAUCACAGCUCAAGAAUCCCUGACAGAUAGCCAUUGAACCUAUCUUUAAAUACCUUCAAUGAAGGAGACUCCCAUCAGCUUCCAAGGGAGUCUGUUCCAUUGUUGAUCAUGAGAAAGUUAUUUCUAAUGUUUAGUCAGAAUCUCCUUCCUGGUUAUUUAAAUCAGUUGGUUUGGGUCCCUGCUUUCUGAAGCAGCAGAAAACAAGCUUGCUUUGUCUUCCACGUGACAGCUUUUCAGAUAUUUGAAGAUGGCUUUCAGAUCACCUCUCCGAUCUUCUCUUCUCCAGACUAAACAUGCCCAACUCCCUCACAACCACUCAUAAGGCUCGGUUUCCAGGCCAUUAAAAAUCCUGGUCACCCUACUCUGUACAUGUUCUAGCUUGGCAAUAUUCUUCUUAAACUGCGGUGCCCAGAACUGGAGACAGAACUCCAGGUGAGGUGUAACCAAGGCAGAAUAGAGCCGUACUGUUACAGUACUUCCCUUGACACACUAUAGGUUCAUAAAAUGACUGGCUCAUCUUUGAAAAGUUCAUACCAGCAAAUAAGCCUUUUGACAGGAGCAGCAGUGAUUUGGGGUCAGUUUGUGCCCAGGCGGCACUUUGGAGUGCCCACCUGUUUGUUUGUUUGUUUGUUUGUUUGCUUGCUUGCUUGCUUGCUUGUUUGUUUGUUUCUGUUUAGGGUUGGGGUGGGGCCUGCUUUAGACAUACAAGGAGAUGCACCACUAUUUAAGUGGUGUUUCUUUCCUUUCCCCCCAUAGGAGCCCAGGGAAGCUAAUAAAAACUGUACAAAUAGAAUUGUCAAACAAUAAUUUAACCCCAACUAUAGAAUAACAGUAACGCUUCAACUGUUGAACUCCACUCCAGCUAUUGUUGAAUUGACACUGUGACUUGUCUGGUGUAGCAGCUGAGGAAGUGAUUACUGGGGUGUGGAGAGACUAAGGUAACAACCUGUCCUUUCUUACAGAUGGCUGGCUAUGGCAGUUUUGCAAGUAUGGUCUGAGGCUUUGGCACAUCACCUAUCAAUGCAAAAGAAACCUGCCCAACAGACCGUGUUAUUAUUUAUUAAAUUUAUAUACUGCCCUUCAAAGAUCUCUGGGCAGUUCACAAGAUAAAAAUGGUAGUUCUCUUGAUUAAUGGACAGUAUUUUUCUUUUGCUCUUGGGAAAAGAGCAGGCUUUCAUUGUAUUCUCCCCCACUCCACCUCUCCCUCUGUCUUGGAUUAAAGCUAGAAGGGGAAUGUAGUAACUUGCUUUCUCACCAAUAUAAGAAAUGAUUUGCAGCUUGUGGGCUCCCUUCGGGCAUCUUGAUGACCCAUUAUGUGCAGGAUACUGGACUUAAAUGGGCCCUUGGUCUGAUCCAACAGAUUUUUUGUGGAGCAUGUUAACUUAGGGCUGUGUUUAAUUGGAACAGAUUUUAGAGUUGCAGGAAUGUAUGGCCUCUGUAGGCUGUUAAGAAGUUAUGGUAGGUAAUUGAGGGUGAUUUUAGUUUUCAAAUCUCACUCUUUGUUCCUUACCAAAUUACCUGAGUCUGGACACUUGUUGUUAGUAUGCAAGACACAGAGAAUGAAGAUAAGAUCUGUGGGGCCUUGGAAAGUGGUAUUUGGGCCUACUGCCCUCAGAGGUGUGUAGAACACAUAUUUGAUAACUCAUCUGGUAGAAUUCUAGAUAGGUGAGCACCCCAAACAACUGGGGAGGCACCAGGUUAGCGAAGGCCAUUUUAAGGGGAAGCUGAGAAAAGAAAUUAUCUGGGAUGGAGAGUACAGAGAUUUACAGUCCUGUCUUCUACAUGUGAACUUGGAGGCAAGUCCUGGUAGGUUCCAUGGGGUAAACUCUGAUGUGUGUGUUCAUAGUUUCCCUUCCACUGUGCUGCAGGGAACAAGUGAUGUAAAGAUGAAGCAGUGCCUCCUAGCAAGGCAAUUUGCAACCAGGUUCUGUCAGGAAGUGGAGGAAGUCCCUUUCAUCUUGCGAGAUAUUUUAGUCAUCUAUCUAUUGCCUGCCUAAUUGAUUAAAAUAUCAAUUAGGCUAAAUGAUACAAGCAAAUCUGAUGAGUCCUGGUGCUUUCCAAGCUCAUCUUCCUCCCUGUUAAAUAUAUUUGCUACUUUGUUUUGCUUUGUCACCCUUGCCAAUCAAAUUCCUUCAUAGUUAAUGUAGUUCCUCUCCAAACCUUAUGACCUGUCUUGUUUAAGAGCAGCAAUGCUAUAUUUCUGUUUUUACAAAAGAAGAGCUCCGUGUAACUGAGAAGCUUUACCAUUUCUAAUAUUGCUCCAUUCAUGGUGUCUCAGUUGGUCUGUGUGUUUUGCACCUCUGCAAGAGCAGUAUGGCUACCAAGACAUGCACGGAACCAAAAUAUUAUACUGCUAGUACAGAUUUGUGGUUAGUUGAUGCUAAUUUUCUGUGGACCAGCUGGCACAGACAAAUCAUGUAUUGUUUGGAAAAUAAUUGCCUGGACCAAGUGGAGUGCAUAGAUUGUUUACAGCCACGAUGUCUUCUUCACAGAGUGCAGCUCAGAGAGAAAUUAUUUAAAACCCAUGUAUUCUGUGUCCAGAUAAUUAGGUUAAUCUUCCAAUUAAUGCUUUCCAUCACCUUGAUAUUUCCCUGAACAGCAGGGGGCUUUUCUGCUUGGCUGUAGCUGUGUUGCAAUAUUCUUGAUACCCUAUUGCUGGAGGGGGAAGCUUUUCUUCCAAGGGGGGAGCGGGAGCAGGAGCACUGUGAAGGUCACAGCGCACGGGACUCAUCUCCACUUCACUGGCUGCCUUUACAUCUCUGACAGAAGAUAUCUGUGUUCAUGGCUGUAAGUUCUUGGAUAAAGAGCAGCGGACAGCUCCCACAAAACCUUAGUUCCUUUGCGAUGUAAUUGCAGCACUGCCUUGUGUAGCAUUCAGAAAGCUGGCUCUUGAAUUCACUUAUAACCUCCCUGGGUAUUUAUUUUAUUUUAUUAAUUAAUUUACUCUGGAAAACGCAUGAAAAGCUGCCUUACAUCAGCUCAGACAGACUGUUGAUCAUCAGUAUUGGCGACACUGACCGGCAGCAGCUCUCCAGGGUUUCAGAUGGGGAACAUGCAUUCCCAGUCCUACCUGCUGAUGCUACAGAUUGAAGCUGGGACCUUUCAUGUGCAAAGAGGAUGGUCUACCUCUGAGCUACAGCUCUUCCCCAUUUACUGAAAGUGGCAUGCCUGGGUUCCCCAGGGUUUCCCAUCUAGGUGCUGACCAGCCCCAGACCAGUUUGGCUUCAGCAAGGCUGCUGCAUCAAGCUCCUGAAAGCCUGAGUUAGUUACUACUCCUUGAUUCUUUGCCUGGGAGACUAACUCCCAGUCCCCCAUUUCAAGCAUCUUUAUUAGUCACUUUGGUGGACUCCCCAAACUCAGCCUUGUCAAUAAAUUGACAAAAGAGAACAGCCUGCAAACUAGUAGUUCACCUGCCUGCACAUGCCCAAGUUUAGUCACUUGUGACCUAAAAGACAGGUGGAGGGCCCGGCGUUUCCAGGGAAGUGUGUUGCUUACUACAGGUUUCCAGGCAAGUGGCUAUUUAUAAGCCAAACAGCUGGUAGCCCCUCCCUGAAAGGAGGCUUCAUUGCUAAAAUGGACCUUGCAGAGAGCUGGGUUCAAGCAACUUUUCAAGGGUGGUUUCUCUUGCUCAAUUGCCCUCCCUAAACAUAAGAACAUAAGAAGAGCCUGCUGGAUCAGACCAAAGGGGGCCCAUGUGGUUUUGCAUCCUGUUUGUGCUGUGGUCAGCAAGACGCCUAUAGAAAACCCAUAAGCAGGACCCCAGUACAAGAGCCCCUCUCUUUCAUUUUCCAGCAUCUGGUAUUCAGAAGCAUUGCUGCCUCCUGCUGGGUAGGCACAGCAUAGCCCAUCUCGGCUUUUGGCUUGCCUUUUGCAAGGGCUUAGCCUCAGUGUUUGGGGCUAAGUCCUCAAUCUAGCACUUCUCUUAUGAGAAAAGUCACUUGACAAUUGUUGACUGUCUCUAGGUGGGGCUUCCUUGAGCAGCAGUUAGAGCUGGGUCAACAUCUGUUUGCUCAGAGCCAACUAACCUUUUCUUUAGAUGUCUGUGGCAGCAGAAAUGGGGCAGAGGUGAACAUCUAGCUAAUAAGACAGCAGACCUCCAAAAAUGCAGCAUUCCUGUUUUUUAAUUAGUCACAGUAGGCGUUGUAGUGGAUCCAUAUGGGUGAGUUUGAAUGCUGUCAGACAAGCAGUUAUGGCCAUUUCUUCCCAGUGAGUAGUAUGACAAGGGAAGUCUCUCUCUCUCUCUUUUUUAAGAAAAAGAACAGUCUGCACACACAAACACUAAUUAUCUGACCUGUUGAGCCAGUGUGUUUGAGGCAUACCAUUUACUGUGGUAUGCAACGGAAGUUGGGUCAACCUUGCCUUCAGGGCUUCAUCCUGUGAGCUUAGCCACACAAUUGAUAGAGGAGGUGGUGCUUUUGAGCCAUGUGGAGAGUUUGUUUUCCUCACCACUAAGUACCAUAAAAUGGUGGAUUUGGAGGGACACCCAAGGGUCAUUUAGUCCAACUCCCUGCAGUGCAGGAAUGAAGCAGCCGCAGCUUGACCUCUUGCAUCUAGGAGUGGAGGUGGGGAGCUGCUAGCACCACCUCCAAGAGAGAUGCCUUGCUUCCAUGCAGGUUCAUUGCACAGAGAUAUAGCAAGGCCUGAACUUCCAUUGUAACUGAAAGCUUAUGGGUGUAGAGCAGUGUCGCUCCAGAUCCUAGCAUUGCUCUGAUGGAAGCUCUGCUUACCUUGCAUUGGAGGUUUGAGUGCGCAAAACCAGUCGUAGACCCGCAAGUGCCUUGUGAUCACCAUUGAGGCGGUCCCGUUUGGUGGUUCCUUGUGCUGAGCUGUUGGACAAGUGGAAGAAACACUUGCCAACCUAGCCUUCUGCAGUGUGUCCCUGUGGUGUACUGGGGAUUGCUUUACAGUACAAGAAACUGCAUAUGCACACUAGUGAGCCAUAAAUAGGUCUUUUAAAAAAGAACUUGUAUGGAGUCUUCUCUCGAGCAAGACCUUCCACCAGCCUUCGCCAACCCGCCGUCAUCCAGCUGUUCUGCACCACAAUUCCCAUCAUCCCCAGUCAGCACAGCAAAGGCUGGAGCGCACAGGCAGAGAAUAACUUCCCUAGACUUGCUGUGGCUCUUCUCAGCCUUUCGCAAAGUUGGAAACAGCCCUUCUGUGAGUAGAAGAGGCUCUCUUGGUAAAUGGAAGGGCACCUUUGGAUCCAAGCUGUUAUCUUUGUUUAAAAAUGUAUUCUUAUUGUGUAACUACCAAGGCUGGUGGUGUUAUUGGAGAUGUGAAUGGAUAUGGGUCUCGGGAGAGAGGGUUGGCCCUGGGUCUGGGUGUGAAAAGGGCACUGUUAUUGUUGUUUAUAGUUACCACUGUUUAUGUACAGUGUGCCAACUUCCUAAAAAUUCAGGGCAUGAUCUGAAGACCCGUGAUGCAGCAACUGUAGGCCAGGUCUGGUCAGCUUCUGGGAUGGGUGAUUGCUUGGAAACAGUGGUGGACUUUGGGCUCUCAAAUUCCAGUGUCACCCUGGGUGCUGCUAAAAUUCAGCAUCCCCCACGUCUAGUGGUCCAUUCUACAGCAUUGUUUGGCACCCUCUGCAGCAUGGUGCUCUACCCUAUAAUUCCCUCUGCUAGAAAACCCUUGGAUAGUUUGCCUUGAGUUCUAUAGAAGAAAGGAAGGAGGUAAAUACCUUCCUGAUAGGUAUUUAGAGAAUGGAUUCGGUUGCUGGUGCGUAAUCAAGUUAUAGAUUUCAUCAAGAUAACGUGCAGAAUUCUAACUUUAUAUGGGGUGUCCAACCUCUCAGCUACACACACGCAGCCAGCCAUCAAAAGCACAUUUGCUGAAGAGUGUUAAGCUGGUGUAGCAUAGUGCUGGAGUGUUUGACUAGGCCCUGGGUUCAAAUCCCCAUUCAACCGUGAAGCUCACUGGGUGACCUUGGACCAGUCACUGUCUCAUAGCCUAACCUAUCUACCAGGGUUGUUGGGAUGGGGUGGGGAUGGGGGAACGAAGGCAUGCCAGUUUGAGCUCCUUGGAGGAAAGGUGGGAUAGAAAUCAGAUGGAUGGAUAAAUAAAUAAAUAUAAAGGCUUUGUGAACUAGAUGUGAAACAUGGGUAUACCACUGGCAUAGCUGUGCAUUUCCUUGCUUGGAAGAAGGGGUUGCAUGUGGAGCAGGAGGCAGCAGGAGUGUCCUUGGCAGAAAAAGAAAGGAGACAGGAGUCAUCUACUUUCACAUAGCAAGGCCGUUUCUGGGGUUUCUGUUUUCAGCAUCUGUGCUCUGCAGGAAGCAGCGGCUUGUGUGUGCGGCUUAAUACUUCCUAUGGGAAAGGAAAUGAACAGCCUGCCAAGAGAAGCUGCAAGCUGAUCAUUACCUGUUUGUUGUGAACUCAUUGGCUGCACCUGGUGUGCCAGAUACCACCGUUUCUGAAAUUUGCCUCAUUUAGAGAGUCACAACCCUCAUCUUAAGACGGGGCUCUUCCUAUGAAGCAAGGCUGGGGAACCUCUGGCCCUCCAGAUGGGACUACGACUCACAUCAUUUCUGGCCAAGGACUCUUCAGGCUGAAGGUAGACAUAAUAUGGAAGGGGGACAUGACUCCUGCAGUGAAAGCCCAGCUUUGCUAUGUGUGGGACAAUACAUUCAUUUUGUCACGCCUAAUGGCAAUCUUGCUACACUUCUCCCCAACCUUCAGGUGGGCUGCUUGCCUUGCAGAAAGCAACAUGCUCCUACAAAAAGCUGUAUUUUUCCACUUUUAUGAAGUACACAUUCAUUUUUAAACACAAAUAUCUGGCAACGGAGAGGCCUUGGUAUCAUGAGUGGUAGCUGUUGAAGUGGUUUUGGCGGCAGCUCACCUUUGCUGCAAACCUUCAGGAAGUUUGUUCAGCUUCUGCCCUGGAGAGGGCAAGUUGCAUUUGGGCAGAAUACGGCAUCAUGCGUGUCUCCAAACAGGCACAGCUGCUUUGCAAAUGAUGCAUCUUUCUAAGAUAAUGUUGAACCAAGAUUGAAGACUGCUGCCUGGUUCCAUCCAAAUGUACAGCUUUCGGUUUGAAUGUACAGCUGUAAAACAUUUAGGCCCGAACCCUGCAUGGGCUGAGUACAGCACAGCAUCAAUCAAAUGAGCACAGUGGGAGACCCCUCACAGAGAUACAAUUCGCAGAGUAGUUUAACAAUCAAUCCCUCUUUCAGGGAACUCCGGGAAUUGUAGUUCUGUGCAGCAAAUGGGGUCUCCUAACAACUCUCAGCGCCCUUAACAAACUACAGUUCCCAGAAUUCUUGGGGGGAAGCCAUGACUGUUUAAAGUGGUAUUAAAGGUAAAGGACCCCUGACAGUUGUCCAGUCGCGAAUGACUCUGGGGUUGCGGCGCUCAUCUCGCUUUAAAGGCUGAGUGAGCUGGCGUUUGUCCGCUCCACAGACAGUUGUUCCGGGUCAUCUGGCCAGCAUAACUAAGCCGCUUCUGGCACAACGGAACACCAACACCAGAGCAGCGCACCUUCCUGCCGAAGCAGUACCUAUUUAUCUACUUGCACUUUUUGGGGUGCUUUCGAACUGCUAGGUUGGCAGGAGCAGGGACCGAGCAACGGGAGCUCACCCUGUCGUGGGGAAUCGAAACGCCGACCUCCUGAUUGGCAAGCAUGAGAGGCUCAGCGGUUUAGAGGUGUGGAUGUGGCCUUGUCUUGUGGCAGUGGUGGCCUUUCUGCCACAUCACUGCUGGCUGAACAUUUCCUCCAUGAGAGGAGAAAUAUCCCCUGACUCUCUAGGAGCAUUUAUUUAUUUUGGAGAUAAAGAUUCUGCAUCUUCUUUUUCCUUGGUCAUCAAGCCACUGCUUUGAACCUUUUAACAAGGUUGAACCAACCAUUCUUCGCCCACCACAAAAUGCCAACAACCUUGCAGGUGCAUUUCUCAAUGUUAUUGAGCACCACCAGCCAGACAUGCCCUUCAUUUGCUUACCUUUCUUUCCCCUCCCUUCCCUGGUGUGAUACUGCUUCCUGCAAACACAUUGUACUGGCAGAACCAGUGUGGCAUAGUAGUUAGAGUGUUGGACUAGGACCCAGGAGACCAGAGUUCAAAUCCCCACUCAGCCAUGACUUUGCGCCUGUCCCUAUCCCCUAAGCCUGACCUUCCUCACAAGGUUGUUGUGAAGAUAAAGGGAAGGGGGGAGAAUUAUGUACAACCACCUUGAGGUCCUUGGAGGAAAGGUGAGAUUAAAAUGUAAUAAUAAAUAAAGCAUAGACCCCUUUUUAAAUUCUUUUAAUGUAAUUUUAUUAUUGUGAGCUUCCCUAGCUGCUUACUUCAUAGAGAAAGAGUACCAUAAGUUGUCAGUUUGAAAUAGAUAAAGCAAUUUCAUGUUUGGCUUGUUUCUGUGUGCUGCUAGAGUGGUUUAGAGCAGCAGGCAUCAGGUUGCCUAUAAUGGACAGCUUUGGCUGCUUGGUUUAGCACCUGGAGGCUGGGAAGUCAGCUACUUAGGGACCUACAAAAUACAGGUCACUUCCUGUCUGCAUUGCUGUGCUGUUGUAAACACAUGUGCUGGUUGGCCAACCCUAAUUCCACACUGAACUGUGGUCACAACUUGCAUUGCAGUUUUGAGGGCAAGUGUAGGUAAUGCAAAGUGCAUGAAUGGAUCUGCUAUGGCCAGUGUGUAUGUAUCAGAUGACAUUGGAUCACUUUUGCACACUAAGGAGGGCCUUUACAAAAAAUCCAUUCUUAAGAUUCCAGUUUAACACUGAAGAUUUCCAUGGAGAAGUAAAUUAUAUGCCUGCUCGCAUAACACAGCUGAUCCCUGCUGUUCUGGCUAUUUUUGGAGGUGUGAUCCUCUCCACACAGAGGCAGGGGUCCGUGCAGGUUUGGCUUGGUUUGUAAGUAAGGAGGAGCGGAGAAGUUCUGGGAAAGAUGUGGGCAUCACCACAGCUGUGUUCCUGAGUCAAGGGGACCCACCUUGCUUAGUGCUUAGAGUGCAAGGUAUCCUAACAUACUGUUUAUUUACUGCACAGAUAUCCCACCUUUUCCUCCAAGGAUCUCAAGGUGACAUACAUGGUUCUCCCCUUCCUCAUUUAAUCCCCACAACAACCCUGUGAGGCAGGUUAGGCUGAGAGGCAGUGACUUGCCCAAGGUCACCCAGUGAAGUCCCCUGGUCUCCCAAGUUCUAGUCCAACACUCCGGCAGCUUUUAAAAAGCAGCUUGCUAGGAUUACACAGAGCUUGCAGAAGGUGAGGAAAGCCAGCCCCCAGCAGGAAAUCGGGUUAGGUUUCCUGUGUAUGGAUCAAGCUUCAUAUGGGACAAGUGGGAGUUGUAGUCCAAAACAUCUGGAGGCAAGAUUGUGAUGGAUGGAUGGGACAUCCAUAAGUUGAUGACAAAGUUAUUGUAGCCUUGAAUUGGGAAUCCAGGAAAUGAAGGCUUCUAAGAAACCAGUUUGCUUUGAAGUUGAACUUGAGCUGUCUGGCAUAUCAAUAAAUUCUAUUUUUACAGGGUGCUGGUGCUUCUUUUCUCUGCCCUCCCUCUCCCCAUUGCUUACUCAGAAUAUUAUGCUUAAAAAUAACAAAAUCCACACCAAUCCUCUUAGAUCCCCUUUCUUUUAAUAUGAUAAUUAUUGUGUAUAUUUUGUCCUUUCUUAGUCAAUCAAGUUACCUCUUAUAAAAUAAACAUAAUUUUUUAAAAAAUGAAGCCGAUUGCUCAGUAUACCCCAACCCCUUGUUUACAAAUUACUUGUUCUCUGCUGUGUGCUUAGUAUUUUCCUUGUUACAGAAGAUGAACAGGUCCAUAAUUUCCUGAAUUACCUUUGUCCCUAAUGGGCUGACAGUGGCCUGUAACAAGAUCUGGGUCUGUUAGGCAAUAUGAAUCUCUGACCCGGAAGGACUUGCAGCCAGAUUUAGUACUGAAUGAGAGAAAGGUGUUGGCGAAGGGCUGGGGCAUAAAGGGCAUGAGACUUAAGUUACUGCAAGCAGGGGCAUGGGGUGAGAUUCAGUGCCUUGUUGCAGCAGCCCUGUUUGUUGUUCUUUUCCUUUUACAAUCCAAGGUGGUUAACGUGAGAAGCACAGAAUGCAAGAAAACUAAUAAGAAUAAGGAGCCAGCAGGUUAAAAACCACCAAAUACCAGCAUAAAAAAUGUAAAUUUGAUCUGUGGGAGUGAUACUGAUGUAAAAAGGCCUAUGUAGUACAGUCAAGCUUUUAAAAGGUCAAAAGCCUUUUAGUACACACAGAUCUUACUGGCUUUCCACUGCAAUAUCAACACAGAUCUCCUGCCCAGGCAGGGAGUCCCAGAGCAACAAAACAAUUGUGAGCUUCGUAAGCUCCCUCAGAUCUCUCGCUCAUAAACCAGAUCCCGUUGGUGGAGAAAAUGGCCCGCUUUAAUCACCAUCACAUCUUUGGAAAAGGCUUUCUUUUGCCUGCUCUUUCCCAACAAGCUGAUCACUUAUUGCAUCACAGAUUACCUGUCUGCGCACAGCCCCUGUCACACAGGCAUCUGGUUAGCCUGAGCCUGCAAUUCUUAUGGGUGAUGCUGUAUUGUUGCUGCACACAUUCAGCAUAGGGUGUGUGUGUUAUUGGGUUGUUUUUGUUUUUAUUUUGAUUAUUAAUUUUGUGUUUUCAUAUUGUGUUAUUAUCCUGGGAACCGCCAUGAGACCUGCGGGUCCAGGGCAGUAUACACAUUUUAAUAAUAAUCUUCAUGCUGCAGUUAAAAUAACCGCCUAUUGAUGGAAUGUGACAGCACCUUACAUUUUUAUGUAUAUAGGAAGAUAUAUACAGUACAUAUAAUUAUCAUUAUUUAGUUGGAGGUCACUUUAUACAAUUAUAACUUUAAAAUGAGUGUUUUAUACAUGAUAAAACUCUAAGCCAUUUACAUAAAAACAAUAAAAAUACAGCAACAAUCACUGACAUUUGCAUCCAUUUGUUGUGUCUGCUAUAGAGCAGGGGAGGGCAGAUCAUCACGAUUAUUUAUGAUUAUUGUAAUAUCUCAUGUUUCUUCCAAGGAAUUCAGAGUGGCAUGCAUAGUUCUCCCUCUCUCCGUUUUAGCCUCACAACAACCCUAUGAAUUAGGUUAGGCUGAGAAAGAGUGACUUCCCUGUGAGUUUUGUGGGAAAGAAUGUCAGAGGCCGGCUUCUGCUUCAGUGAUGAGCAUGUGGUUCUUGGUAUAUUGGAUAAGGAUUUUUCCUUAAUUUAUUUAAGCGAUUUUUAUAUUGCUUAACUGCAAUCGUCUCUAAUACAGUAUGGAAAAGGUAAAAAUCAGUUAAAACUUUAAAAUCAGACUUCAGUUAAAAUGCCUGCUGGAAUAAUAAUUUAAAAAAAAAUCAGUAAAACACCGAAAGUUCAACAGGGAGUGGGCCAGUUGUAAAUACUGGUAGCUGCUUUGAGGGCUGUAGCUGAGAAGCAGGAAAUAAAUCUAUUAAAUAUAUAGCAGAACCAAAUCUAUCUUCUACCCACUCCUGCGACACAACAGUAUGCUCUUGACACUGAGCUGUGACACAGGGUCUCGCCUGUAGUUGUUUACCUAAGUCAGAAAGGUACCUACUGGGUUGUGUGUGUAUUUCUGCUGUAAAGGGCUGACAAUAGAUAGGAUGAUCAGAAGUGUCCCUAAGCGUGACAAGGGACGUACUGCCAAAGGGAUGAUUUGUUGGAAUGUAAGUCUGCCAUCCAGUGUUGUGCAUCUGGUUGUCAACAAGCAUGAUUAAUCCUGCUUGUGGGUUUCCCAUAGGCAUCUGGUCGGCCGUUGUAGGAAACCGGAUGCUGGACUCACCAAGCCAUUGGUCUGAUCCAGGGGGGCUUUUUAAAUUAUCCCUUAAGAAAUGUAUGGUGUGCAGACCAUCAUGGAGAUCUCCAGAUGACUCCUUUAGCAGAUGACUCCUUUACCAUCAUAUCACGGCACCAUGGCUUUUUCCUGCUCAGAGGCCAAAGAAAGGUCAGCAUUGCUGUGGGCUGUAUGCACGUGGUGGUGGCUGUGAUGGCACCACUGUGCAAAACCUAAAUAAACUCUGCCUGGGCAUGCCAAGACCUUGUCCCUGGGCUACUGGCCAGCAUUCCAGCCUGUGCUCAUCACCUGGGGGUGUCAGUCAAAGCAGCGUCCUAGCCCUGCCCUUAGGGGAAUAUAGCAUGCUGUUGACAUGGGCUGUUGGCUUUUUUAAAAAGAGUAUGUGCAUCCUUAUUUUUAUCCUGUGUCCCGAUCCCAGUUUGUGGCAGAAUGAGCAGCCUUUGUUUGAACUUGCACUUCAGGCGAAAGCAGCGCUGAGCUUUCCCCUCUUGGAUGCUCUUUCCCUCCCAUUUUGAGGGGAAUCUCCUUUCCUGCUCUUGGACUGCUCACACCUCUUUGCGUGUUCCAAGGAAGCAGGAGGUGGGAGUCAAGUCAAGGUAGCUUAUCCUGAAAUAAAAUGUACAGGUAAAUGGUGGUGGUGGGUAGUUAGCCAUGCACUCUGCAUGCUUACCCCAAAAUCACUCUCACAGAUCCGAUGCUCCAGCUGCACUUGGUUAUGCUGUGGGAACUGAAACUCACAGACCUUGUUGGCAACGGCUGUUUCACUUCUGCAAUUAGUCCAGCAACAAUCCUGAGACAAAAAAGGGGCUGGAGACUGCGUUUGAGGAUGUUGAGGGCUUGAGGGCACAAUUAACGCACAGUUAGCAAAAUAUGCAUGUACACCAGGAGUUGGAUAAUAUAAAUUUGGAUUUUGUUGCAGGUGCUGUGGCUACCACCCUCUGAUCAUGUCUCUCCCUCCCUGCCCCGCCCAAAAAUCAAAAUAAAAUCCCAGAUCAGCCCACCACCGAGAGACAGACUUUACUUUUCCAAUUGAUCUGGAUAAAAGUUGGAACCAGAAGAAUUAAUCUGUUUCUUGAAAAGCAGAUAGAGCUGAAGUGGGAAAGAGGGUCAAUCUUCCAAGUUGCUCCUUCAGCAUCUUUGUACUUCUCAGGGGACAAAAGGGUAGCCAUUCUUACACACCUCAUGACUCAGGGGGCAGUGAGUUUGUAGGGACUCAGAGGCCUUGAGGAUGUCAAGAGUGGUAUGGUAUGCACGGCCGCCUAUUGGCAAGCCCUAAUAAUACAAGUGUAGCAUAAGGCUGAGUCAGCAAUUAGACUCGCCAGUAGGCCCAUCAAGUCAAAGCAAGUAUUUUGCCUUCCCAAGUCUAUGCUGCUAGUGCCAUCCUUACCAGAACUUUAAGCAAGAUGGCAGCAGCACAGGCACCAAGUUGCACCCAACAUUGGGGGUGACAUCCCGCCAAGCCUCCUCUGGCCUCUAAGAUUGGGGGCGGGGGGCUGAGUCCCAUCCCAGCAGACAUGGGGGGGGGAGCUAUAGAGGCCUCAGCACCAUAGAGUUGGCGGGCCUGGGCAGCAAGGACACUGAGGGCAGAGGCAGCCAGCAUCUGUCUCCAGCCACCUUUGUGCCAAAAGAUUGCGUGUCUGCAUACUGGUUGAUUUCUUGAUUAAUAAAAAGACUGAGGCAACUGUGUUGCUUUCAGGGCUGUGUACAUCUGCAUUUGGAUCUGGGAGGAAAAAGAUAGGCUUCAGAGCUAUAAAAAUAGGGGAUGGUUGCUGGGUGACAGAAACGAGCCGCUCCUGGUUGCCCAGGUGAAAGCCAAUAUCACGUGUCAGUUGUCUCUUCCUCGUCAGCUUGGGUUUGUUUUCAAUGGCAUUUUCGUUGCUACGUGGCUGGCAUAAUGUGUGCAUCAGCCUGGACUGCAACCUGCUUCUAAAAGGGUAUGGAAAUACUUUGUGUCUCAAGGCACACCGGCUUGUUGAUUUUCCAAGUCUGUGUGAGAACCGGGAACAAAAUGUUUGCCUCCUUUAGAGUAGCUGCAAGUGAUGCUGUGGCAUCCCUGAAAAUGAUCUCCCCAACAGCAACACUAACAUGUCAAAAUGGUCUGUACAGUGUGACACUUAGGUGUCUAGAAUGUCAGCCAUGAAAGUGUUCAGCAUCUCUUAGGUGUCCAUGUUGUAACUUCUGGGUUAGCUGUAUUUCACCAAUAAUGCUUCUUCAAGAAUUAAAACUGUGUAGCUUCAGCUUCACCACCUUUUGAGCUCACCUCUUUUUUUGUGCAACUGUGGUCUGUGGUCUGCGAGUGAUCCAUGAACUUUGCUCAGGUGAUCCCUAUCAUGUCUGCAAAUAUACCAUAAAAAAUCAUACCGCAUCAAGCACAGUGCAGUACAGUUGAUGCUGCAGGUCUGCCAACCACAGCUGUAUACCAUACAGUUGUUGCAAGAUUCAUAUCCUGAAAUGUGGAUUUUAAGGGGUGCAGGGAACACUGCAUUUACACACACACACGCACACACACACACACACGUGCACACACACCCCGGGCUUGGAACUAUCAUAUGGAAAAUUCUAGAUCAGGCUCAUUUUCAUAUCCCUUUAAUUGAUAAGUUACUAGAGAUUUAAUUGAUUGGGGAGUGCAGAUUGUAAUAAAUAGAGCUGCAAGCAACUAGUUUGCUUAUUUGUUGGAACCACUUUAAACUUGCUGUAUUAGUGAAAUGAAAAAGAGAGGGAAAGAUAUUGCGAGAAGUGUACAGAAACUAAAAGCUUUAAAAGGUUUUUUUACAGCUUAAAACACUUUCAACUGUUAUAAACAUAGUCUUUUGUAAUAUGCAAAAGCUUUUAUGAUAUGCAGAAUUAUUCUAAUCAAAGUUAUUGUCUGCUUUUUAACAGAGCAUUUAAUCUUCUGAAAAGUCUUUAAUUGGCUAGCAGCCCUUAUUUCCACACAUCCUAAUGAGGGCUUUUAAAACGGGAACAGACCUUCCUCAUUAUCCCACAGCUAGAGGAACUAUUGAUCUUGCAAAAUUGUAACAAAUAUAUUUAAACAGCCUCCCAUGGCUCAGUUUAUAGAAAUCCCCACUUUCUUGCCCCACAUCUCUGAGUUCCUGAAAACUGAAGUUCCUGAUGGGGAGGGUCCAUGUUUGCUACAUAGCUGCAGAAAGGGGUAGCUUUAUGGAUUAGCAUUAUUUAGAGUGGCCUUCCCCAACCUGGUGCCCUCCAGUUGAGGCCAUGAUGGGAGUUGCAGCUCUAAGGCUCUUGAGGGUAUCCAGCUGAGGCUGAGGCUGGGUGUUAUCUCUGAAGGUUCCCAGGUGACAUUAGCCAUUGCCUCCAAAGGCUUAUGCCAUGCAGAACACUUCCUUGGGGGGCAUGGGUGAAGGAAGCAGGGAGUUGUUUCCUUGGCAGUUUGUGACAGGCAUAAGAUGGCAUAAAGGUGAGCAGUUCCUGCUGUGCUCACUCAGGACACCUGGCAUCAGAAACCAUUAUUCGUACAGUGGUACCUCGGGUUAAGUACUUAAUUCGUUCCGGAGGUCCGUUCUUAACCUGAAACUGUUCUUAACCUGAAGCACCACUUUAGCUAAUGGGGCCUCCUGCUGCUGCCACGCAGCUGGAGCAAGAUUUCUGUUCUCAUCCUGAAGCAAAGUUCUUAACCUGAGGUACUAUUUCUGGGUUAGCGGCGUCUGUAACCUGAAGCGUAUGUAACCUGAAGUGUAUGUAACCCAAGGUACCACUGUACUGCGUUGAUUGACAGUCCUUGGUGUUAACCUUAACCUGCCCUGGCUCUUUCUACUCUUGUUCCUCUGGUCCCGUGCUAGGAGUAAGUUCCCAUUUGGGAGCCUGUCCAGCAAUUUCUUUCUUAGCCUGGGGACUUGACAGGCUGAAGCUUUUUUUUUUACUUGGAGAGAGAUGUGUGUCCAAGAGGCAAACUUUUGGACCCAUUGCACUACUAUGUUCCAUGUUUGAUAGAAAAGCAUAAAAUUUCUGUAGCCAACUGAAUGCAGGGGGUUGCUGUUGUUUUCCCGGAAGUGCACAUUUAAUUUUGCUUCUGACUGGACUAAGAAUGUUCAUCUCUAGACCCAGCUCAAGUGAGGCAUUCACAAUAAAAAUGAGUACUGCACUACAGGUUUACUUUUUGUUUUAUUUUGUGUGUUUCUAGUUCAUGUCUCUUUUGUAGGUUUAUGUGAAAUGAAUUUGAGUUUUCAAAAAUAUUUUUAUUAAGGGAAACUUAAAGGGAAAAAUACGCCUCCACAGUUUGCACGACCCAUAAAGACAGACACAACCUAUCAGUCAUCUAUUGUGGCCCACCAGGUAUUUGGCAACUAUCCUGUGAUCCUAGUCCAGGAAAACAGCAAACACUGGAGAUUUGUAGGUCCCCUGAUAAGCUGGGAAUUGCUUGGUGCGUCACCAGUUGUGUAGGCCUGAUAUAGAUUUAUAGUAUAUAUGUUCAUGGUAAGAAAUAGAGAUAUUUGUAAGACUCGUAAUGUGACUUUAUUUUCUACCUGUCUUGCUAAUAUUCCUCCUAAGAACACUAAACUUCUUUCAUGGGCAAAGGCCAGCCAUAUGUCCUGGUUCUUCAGGGAGAAAACAACAGAGCAUCUUGUCACCCCUUAAAUACAAUGCUGCAAUAAACUUGUUUGUCUUUAAAAUGCUUCAAGACUCUAGUUUUGCUGCAACCCCUUAGCUUAGGCUAAUUCUCCGGAAACAUUCAUAGGGGGCAUCCAGGAUCAGGUGCUGCCUUUGCUCAUACGUGAGCAUGAAAAGAUUGCGCUUGCUUGCUUCUUGUUUUUCAGGAAAGCCUUGUGGCAUAUUCCAGAGUUCUCUCCUUCCGUGUCCUGUCCUUCCUUCCUGUGCCCUCUCUGACUGCAGCUGUCUGUCUCACACGGCCGAAGGGCAGCGCAGAGGCAUUUCUUGGGAGGUGCACGUUCUUUCCCUCUGUGGUAGAAAGAUGCCAGGCUGGAGAGGGCCUGGCCCAUGAGACGUUUUUGAGCAUGUUAGGAAUACAGUUACAAAGUCAUCCACAAAGAAAAUGAUUACAGAGCAGUUGCUCAUAUGCAGAAGGUCCCAGGGUCACUCUUGACGUGUCCAGAUAGGGCUGAGAAAGGGUUUGGUUAUGGAAAUCAAAUCUGGCACUCUUUCAGCUGCACCUUCCCUUACAGGGUUGCCUGACAUUUAGUACAUGUGACCUCAGUGAGAUUUUAACUUCAUGUCAGGUCUGACUUGGCAGGAGGCGGCUUCCUGUGUUCCUAAGAUGGUGUCAGAGUCAGCAUCCCUCUCUAAUCCACAUGUCCUUCUCUUUUGCUCCUUUGUAGGUUUCAAGUGCCCCAUUUGUUCCAAAUCCGUGGCUUCCGACGAAAUGGAAAUGCACUUUAUCAUGUGUCUGAGCAAGCCCCGCCUCUCCUACAAUGGUAAGUGGGGGCUUUUGAGCCCCAUCUGACUUGCCUGUUGCCACCUUGUGUUCUUAACCAGCUCACCUUUCUCAGCAUCUUUCAUCCAAGCCCAAGGGUGAACAACCAGACUUGGUUGGGACUCCAGCUCCCACCAACCCGAGCCAGCAUGGUCCAAUGGUCAGGCAAGCAGCAGCUGGAGGCACCAGAUUCCCCAGACCUGAGGUCAGCUGUCCAGCAGCAAGCGUUGAUACACCAUGUCGCGUUCUUCCAGCCUGGGCUUUUGGUGACGUCACCUGUGCUCCUCAGAACUGUGUCGGCUUAUGUGCUAAAAAAUACAGAGAGAAGUAUUAAAAACUGCUGCCUGGAAAAAUAAGUACUAAGCCAUUUUUUAUGCAAUGCACUCUCAAAAGAUGCAAACUGAGUUUCUGGGAUUUCCCCCACACCUGCUUAAAUUCUUCUGAAUUAACUCUGCAGCCAUAAGGACUAGAAACUCUACAAUAGAAGGCUUUUAUGUACUGGGUAUCAAAUCCUGUUCUUAGAUAGUGUUGAUUGUGAGCGCAUUGUGGGGGGUGGGCGUGCACUGCCCUGCUUUUGCUGCUGGAGCAAAGGCAGUAGUCUAGCGCUUGGGUGGGUGGGUGAGUGUGCAUGCAUGCAUGGUUGGUAUAGACCAAGAACCCCAGGUGAUUUCUUCAGCCUCCUUUGCAGAGCCAGUGACCCGCUUCCCUCGCUCAGGGCACUCCCUUGCUUUCUGCUUCUCACACAGAGAGCAGUGCAGGUUUUGCUCAGGGCUGCUGCAGUCACUGCUUUGCAGCUCAGCUGGCUCUCAGCAUGGCAAGGGGGCUGGCUGCUCUCUCCCGCCCCCCAGGAGUGAUGAGCCAGCCUGCCCAGCAACCGGGGGGGGGCAAUGGCUUGACCGGCACCUGCUCCAAGCUGUCGGUGCCAGGCUGCAUUAGUCCCCCAGUGUCCCUGACGCUACACAGGAUCCGCCCAGGCUGUGCUGGCAGAGACGGCGCCAGGCAGCUCCUGAGGCUGCAAGCUAGAAAUCAGGUCAGGAGGAGGAGCUGGUCGCUCUGCAUCACAGCUGGGCCUUCCCCAGCCUGCCUGACAGCAGCCUGCGAUAGGGAAGGCAGCUCCAUCACUCCCUCCCCACGCAGAAAUUUCUCAGCCUGCCAAAUUGAGCAUAGCCAGAGAUGGUGCACCUUACGCAGUGGUGCUGGAAGAUUAAAUCCGAGCUGCCUUCUCUGCUGCCCUCCCCACCAUGAGGAUCCCUGUUCUUCAGCACCCCACCCCACUACCCCAAUAAGCCCUUACCAUGCAUUCAGACUUCUCUUACGCAGGGUUGUGUCAGGUCAGGCAGCGGGGUGAGGGUGGGGAAAUUGGCAGGGGAUUUGUGGAAACAGCAGAACUGCAGUGCUUAGCAACUCAUCCAGUGCUCCCCCCUUGUCCUCACCUUUGUUGCCUAUUUUUGGAGCUGUGAAGCAAAGGAGGGCUUUCACAGAACUGCCUCCAGGCAUCAGAGAGUGGGAUGCUGGUUUCCUUUGAUGCCUCUCAGUGUCAACCUAGCAGCCUCUUUGGCCUGCGUUUAGUUCAGAGGCUUCCAGAGGAGAAGAAUAUUGCACUAUUUGUUAGGGCUGUCAACCGAGUAAUGAUCUUCACCGGCUUCCAAGGAACUAAAGAAUUACAUGAUUAGAUUUAUGCACACUUAACUAGUGCAGUGGCACAAAAGGUGCUUUUAGCAUGGCAAGCGCAGGUGGCAAUUUCUAUUUUAGCAUGCAGACUCUGCAUAUAAGAAGAGAGAGAAAUGUUACCGCUUAAUGUUUCAGACAGUGAUUUUUACCGCUUUUGCUCUGGAUCCUCUUAGUUUUUGUCAGCUUAUCUGGUUGGAGAGCACAAUAGCAGCAGCCUCCCAGAGUGAGUGUUCCUGAAAAGAGGAGUGAAUAAUCAAAAUGAGUUCUGCAAAAUAAACACUCCUUUGUAAUGUUAUGUUCUGAUUGCAGUAGGAGUGUGAUAUCCAAUUCAGACAUCACACUAAACCGUGCUUAGUCUUCCAUAACAAUGGUUUGUCAUGAUAUCUGAAUUGCAUUUAAUCAGAUUUUCAAGACAGUGCAACUUCUCUAUAUAAUAAGCUGUCCAGAGUGUGAUGAGGAGGGAAUGGGCCUUUUUAGUAGCGCCCACCACCAGGGUAUAUGGAAUGUUCUCCCUGGAAAACUUUCCUGCCAUCAACACUGGUAUCUUUUUAGCACUAGGCAAAGACAUUUCCCAGGCAUUUGAGUGCUAUUUCUUUUCAUUUGACAGCAGUUGAUGGGUGUCUCCUCCCCUUGGGGGUGCUCUGUGUGGUUGGUUGGACAGAGGGAUUGUUUUUCAUAGUACAAUAAUCUUGUUUUGCUUUUAAUUAUUUUGUUUACUACUAUUUCCAAGAUGUUUUAAGACAUGGGUAAAGUGACUAAUAAGCUGAAAUGAUAAUCAAUGUGAAAAUAUUGCUUGGGCUUUUCUCUUAGCACUUGCCUUUGACUUCCUUUGGCUUGGAUGUCUUAUUCCUAAAGCAUACAGCACAAUCAUUGUUUGUUUUGUAGGUAGCAGUUGGGUUAUUCCCUUUUCUCAUUUCGUGAUCAUAAACAAACCUUCUGUUAACCUCAGCAAUUUCUAGAGAUGUGUCUGGAGAGACACACCACCGUCUUUGGUCCCUCUGAGUUCUGUUUUGCUUUCCUUUCCCUUUCAGCAGGAUGCUUCUUGUAGCGUGAGCAAGAUUGGUCUGUGAGACUAGCAACGUAGUAAUAAAAACUAGAAUAGAAGCAAGCCACCCUGACAUGCUAACUCUCUGUGGGUAGGAAUGCCUUUUCUCAAGGAAGUGUUUAUGGUCCACCACAUGAGCUCUACCUGUAGUCUGAACCUAGACACAGGCUUACCAUCUCUAUGAGGACUAGGUCCCAAGUCUCUAGACAGAUAUCCCAUUGCCUUUUCGUAAGGUCCUCCCUCCGAGAGUGGUCAGGAACAAAUUAGUUGGCUCUCACAUUCAAGAUCUGUACAAAGAAGCCAGCCCGUGUCCCCAGCUCACCUAUCUAGAUGUGCUGGUGGUAAUCAUUUGGUGCCCUAAAAGAGAGAGGGGAUCUCUCCUGCUUGGUGGCUUGGAGACGAUUCUUAUCUGCACAAAUGUAAGUGACUGUUUACAAUAUGGCCACUGUUGGGCUCAAGAUGACUACCUGUGGAACUGCAGUGUAGGGGAAGGCAUGCUCUCUGCAAGACCAAGGUUGCAUGAGAAGAGGGACUUAGUAGCAUUAGCCCAUGGACAAAUCCAGGAGUGAGAAAUUAUGUCUCUGUUAUGAGCCCUUACAAUCUCCUUCUUGAGGCUGGUUGUCAAGGUGGCACAGGAGGGUAGAAACCCAUUUCUGCCUGGUCCUCAUUGCUCAUCCGCCUUCUCUGACCUUCAUUCCCCCCUGCAGAUGAUGUCCUAACAAAGGAUGCAGGCGAGUGUGUCAUCUGCCUGGAGGAACUCCUGCAGGGGGACACGAUAGCCCGGCUGCCCUGCCUGUGCAUUUACCAUAAGAGGUAGAGUAUGAAGAAGACCUGGGUUCAGCAAUCUCUCCCCAUACAGUUCCAUUGUGGGACAGCAGGGCUCCCGCAAAUGGCCAAACCUGCCCCAUGGCACCUUCAUAUGGGCUGCAGAAUUCCUUGGAUGCUUCUUCCUCCUCAAGCCCCUUCUGCUGGGCACAUGUGGCCAUGCUGCUCCUCAUCCACGCCCCCCCUUGUGGAGUUAGGGCAGGUACUUGGCCUCAAGGAUUCCCCUGUUGUGGAGUCUAAUAACCACCUUUUCUUCUUCAGUUGUAUAGAUUCCUGGUUUGAAGUGAACAGAUCCUGCCCAGAACACCCUUCGGAUUGACCCUGGCAACGCUUGCUGACCUCUCCCAAGGUGAGGCUUUGCUUAGAAAGCUUCUCUUGAAACAUCUGGAGGCCUUAAAACACCACCCACACUUCUAUUUAUUACCAAGUUUUAGCAUGCAGUGUUUACAAAAAAACAAGCAGAGUGCAACCAAUCAACAAACGCUAUCAGUUUAUCCAACACUAUAUUUUAAAGAUAAGAACUAACCCCUGAGUCAUUCUUUACCCAAUAGAUGAAAUUUUAAAACAACCAAAACAUAUUAAGCUGACAGAACUUAAAAGAGGUGUCAGCCCAACAACAAGAUAAAUCUGAUUGAUGAGUAAAAACCAGGAUAUUCAGAAAUAGUUUUGCAGUGGAUGAAUAUGACUUGUCUGCACAAGCUGCAAGCCCUCAUAAAUGCCCUGAUUUUUAUUUGCUUGUAUGUGUUAAUCUCUGUCAAUUUCUCUACUUAAACAUGGAACACAUUUCUACAAACUACUGAGCCUUUCAGGGAUGUCAUCAGCAAGCUGUUUACUAGUUAAGUCAGCCUAUGGUGCUGUUAACAAAAAGCAAGACACCUGUAGUCGACUGUAUACUUUUCAGAAUUAUUUCUAAAAGUAGCAUUGGGUCUUCUGCAAUAAGCCAGACUUUCAUUAAUGUGGAAAAAAAGCCCAGGCAAGUAUGUGUUGUGUUUCUUUGCAAUGAGGAGGGGCCUUUGAUGUUCUCAGGGUAUCAUGUUGAUGUACUGUCUACCAGUUAAGGUGACACUCUUUGGUGGGUUGACAAACCACAUUUUACAAAAAGCCUUGCCACACAGAAACAGUUCCCUCAAAUUUUCCUAGACUACUUUUGUGUUUAAAAACACAUCUUCUGCAUGCAUAUUUUUAUAGCAUCUACAUGAUGCUUCUCCUAUAUCCCCUGCAACCUCAAUUCAAUCCAGAUUUUCCAUUUCCAGGAAAAAUCCCAUAAAGCAAAAAAAUAAUAAUUUUUGACUAACAACCUAUUUGUGAUAUUAAGCUCCUGUAUGGAAGUUUCCUUUUUUCUUUCUUUCACUGAAAGGGUAUUUUACCCAUUUCAGAACAUGGAGUACAUUUGUAAGAAUACCCAUAAUGGAUUUCUUAUCUCACGUGGAAGAAUACUCUGGUUUUGUGUUAAGUUUAAACUUCCCUUAUUUUGUGGGGGUUAAAUGUGUUUUUCCUCUGGGUUGGUGUUGUCAAGAACUUGUUUCCUCGACUUGGGCUCUGCGCACAUGGCAAUCAUUGAUCCUGUCAUUUCUCUCAACAGGUCGUCCCGCCAUCCAUCUCCCCUCCCCCACCCAACCUCCUCUGAGCAGGCUCUGGACCCCACUGGGACGACAGUGGGGACGAGGGGCUUGUGUUAACUUCUCAACUUAAAAGGGCAGACAAGAACCCACCCCAAGAGAAGCUGCUGCCCUUGCAGGGCUACACCUUGGCAGCCGCCAGCCUGGGUCGAGAGGAGUGCCCGGUGCCAGAGCCGGCGGCCGUCGCCCAGCGGCGCCAUGAUGUUUGGGCCAGACCUGGUUGCUAGCCAAACGGAGCAUGAGAGGGUCACCCACCAUUUGACAAGGACUCGGCCCUUCCUGCCAUACGCGGGUCACACUUUUGCACUGAAAAGGUGAUUUCCCAGCCCCACUCCCCUUCUCCUUUUCACCUCCACCCCUUGGAAAAGGAAGAGGAAACAACAGACCCCCCCCUCCCACCACGCCUGCCCCCUACCCUCAUCCUGCGGAGGAAAGGGCAUUUUCUGUCACGUUUUUGAAGGCGUCGUAGGUUUGUCUUUCAAGUGUUUACAAAACAGCCAUUUCGUGUCAACUGAUGUGUGUUCCUGGUGAUGUUUACAAGACUGCAUCCUCUUGGCCUCCUGACUCGAGCUGCUCCAGCAGUUGAGGAGCCAAAUUUCCCGAGACCCUUCUCUUCUCCCUCCUGCCUCACCUAGGGACACCCCCCACCUUCAUUGCCAAAAGUCCCCUGGUUUCCCCUUCCUCCCUCCCCUCCCUCCUCUCAGUAAGUCUUGGUUUGAACUCCUGACUCUGGGGCACCUUCAGGGGCAUAUUCUGAAGGGCUGUUUGCCACUCACAAGUGUCCUGCUAAGAUGCCUGAACCUUUCUCAGCCCUGUGUGGAAAACAAAAACAACCGAUUUUUAUUAAAACACACACACACACACACACACACACAAAUGCGCGCACACAGACACACACACACUCCUCCCUGAUCCACAUUUGAGCACGAAGCGGAGACCGCCUCAGCCAUGGGAAAAAAGCCCCUGCCCCGGUGACCUCCAUCCAAGCAGGAAAAGGUAUCUGUAUUUAUAUAGUAAAAAAUUUAAAAAAAUAAAAAAAUAAAAAAAAUAUUCAAAGCUUGGGAAGGGAAGCUUCCCCUAUUAGUCAAGGUGUUUUGAUAUGGUAUUAAAUAAUGUUCAAUAAAAUAGUCACUGUUAUUUUA